UCUUCCCUUCUCAGCUUGCCAGAGAUCAAGAUGAGUCUACGGAAGCAAACCCCCAGUGACUUCCUAAAACAAAUCAUUGGAAGGCCAGUUGUUGUAAAAUUAAAUUCUGGAGUUGAUUAUCGAGGUGUCCUGGCUUGCCUGGAUGGAUAUAUGAACAUAGCUCUGGAGCAGACUGAGGAAUAUGUAAAUGGACAGUUAAAGAACAAAUAUGGAGAUGCAUUUAUCCGAGGAAAUAAUGUGUUGUACAUAAGCACUCAGAAGAGGAGGAUGUGAAGAUGGCAGAAGGAGGCUGGUUUUUUGUACUUGUGAGCCUCUUUGAAGUGAUGAGCCCUAUUUGAUUUGUAGUUCAAAAUCCACAGGUGAAAUACACAAGUGUUUAAGUAUUUUUUUUAAAUAAAUGUAAAUGUGAGUGUAAA